UCAUUUGAUAGAGACUAUCUCUUUAUUUACUUAUUAAACAACAAUCAUACCAUACUUGAUUUUGUCAUAUAUUUCUAAAUUCGUCCCUAAAUAGAAAAACCACAAAAAGUUAGUUAGCCUCAUUUUGAUGAAAUAACGAACUCCAGGAAAACAAAAGAAAAAUGGGAACAAGAGAAAGAGAAAGAGAAAGAGACAGAGAUCUAGAGCUACUAAUCCCCGUUAGUGUUCCGCCAUUGGUGUCCACCCUCGAAACCUCGAAACCUUCAGCCCCUUCUUCUCCUUCUUCUUGUCCUUUAUCAUUUCAUCACACUUCCUCCGGCAAAGAGGCAUGUUGCAAAGUCAUUCGAAGUUGGGCUACAAAGAAGUUUAUGUCUGGAAGUGUGAUUCUGCUUCCUAUAGCCAUCACCUUUUACUUCACUUGGUGGUUUAUUCAUUUUGUGGAUGGAUUCUUCUCACCAAUUUUUACCCAACUCGGAAUAAACAUAUUUGGCCUUGGCUUUGUGACCUCUAUUACAUUCAUUUUCUUGGUGGGAGUGAUUAUGUCAUCAUGGUUGGGAGCUUCCAUCCUCCAGCUGGGGGAGUGGUUUAUCAAGAAAAUGCCCCUUAUAAGCUAUAUAUACUCUGCUUCGAAACAGAUUAGUGCAGCAAUAUCACCAGAUCAGAACUCGCGAGCUUUUAAGGAAGUGGCUAUGAUCAAACAUCCUCGCAUAGGAGAAUAUACACUGGCAUUUAUCACGUCUACUGUCACCCUUCACAGCCACAUGGGUGAAGAGGAACUUUUCUGUGUCUAUGUACCAACAAAUCACCUGUACUUGGGUGACAUGUUUCUUGUAAACUCUAAAGAUAUUUUGAGGCCUAAUCUCUCGGUCCGCGAAGGCAUAGAAAUUGUCAUCUCUGGAGGCAUGUCAAUUCCCCAAAUACUGACUACAGUAGAUGCACAAAUCAUGCGUGCAGUAAGAGGCGAGGAUAUUUCAAAAUUACCAGUUUAAUAUCGGUUUCUGCAGAUGAUGAAGCUUUAGGAAUUAAAACAGAAAAUGCAAGGUGAAUUCUCAUACAGGCCAUAGCAAAAGCGCAAGAAACCGGAUUAUGAUGGUCUAACACGGUGUGUUUUGCCUUAGGUU